AUAAUAAGUUUGAAAAAUAGAAAAGUUAGGUGUUACAUAACAUUCUUUCAUGGGAGUUAAAUUCAACUUAAAUUUCAUCCAAGCCAGACAACACAACUGAAAUUUCAUCCAAGCCAGACGAAGUUGGCAGAGGAGGAGGUGGGAAAAGCAUAGGUAUAAUAGUUGGCAGUGCAAUUGGUGGACUUGCUGCUAUUGGUGGGUUGAUCUCAAUAUUAAUAUUUUCUUGGAGGAGAAACAAGAGGAAUAAAGAAGAAGAUGUUGAAUCAGAUGAUUCCAUGGAUCAUGAAUUUGAGCAAGGAAUAGGGCCCAAGAGGUUCUCUUAUCAACAAUUGGUUCAAGCUACAAAUAACUUUGCGGAAGAAGGGAAACUUGGGCAAGGAGGAUUUGGAGGAGUUUACAGAGGAUACUUGUCUAAUUUAAGUGUCGCAGUGAAAAGGGUCUCUAAAGGGUCUAAACAAGGAAGAAAGGAGUACAUGUCAGAAGUGAAGAUCAUUAGCAAAUUGAGGCACAAAAAUCUUGUACAACUUGUGGGUUGGUGCCAUGAAAAGGGUGAGUUUCUUCUUAUCUAUGAGUUCAUGCCUAAUGGAAGUCUUGAUUCUCAUCUCUUUAAAAGUGAAAAUAUGCUAUCUUGGACAGUAAGGUAUAAGAUAGCAAUUGGUUUAGCCUCAGCUCUGCUAUAUCUCCAUGAAGAAUGGGAACAAUGUGUAGUGCAUAGAGACAUUAAAUCAAGCAAUGUGACGUUGGAUUCAAAUUUCAACACCAAGCUUGGAGAUUUUGGUCUGGCAAGGCUCAUGGAUAAUGAGCUAUGCCUCAAUACCACAGGGUUAGCCGGAACGAUUGGUUACAUGGCACCUGAAUACAUUAGCUCAGGAAAGGCUAGUAAAGGAUCAGAUGUAUUCAGUUUUGGUGUGGUGGCCCUGGAAAUUGCGUGUGGGAGGAGAUCACAGAUUUCAUUGGUGGGUUGGGCUAGGGAAGCAUAUGGAAAUGGAAGGGUUCUUGAUGUUGCUGAUGGGAGAUUGGGUAUGGAUUUCAAUGUAGAACAGAUGGAAUGCUUGUUAACUGUUGGGCUGUGGUGUGCUCACCCAGAUUUCAAUCUUAGGCCAUCGAUAAGGCAAGCAUUACAGGUUCUUAAUUUUGAAGCAGCAUUGCCAAAUCUUCCUGCAAGGAUGCCUGUUCCAAUGUAUGACGUGCCUGCCUCUUCAACAGAACCUUUACUCUCUACAUCUCUUCUCACGGGUCGGUGA